GCAGCUCACUUCAGUCACUCACUGAGAACCUGCCCGGGGACACGCACCAGGAGGAGAGGCGAUGUGUUACUCCGCAGCGCGGGGACAUGGGCAGCAGGGGCCCCGGGGCCACUCCAGUGUCAGCGCUCUCACGUAGCGGAGGACACACCUUGCGGUGUCCACCUGAGAAGGGGCAGCGGCGGUGGUGGACUCCCCUCGGACACACUGCUGUGAAACACUAUGAAGGGUCCCGCUUGUGAAGGUCUCUGCGGGGCGCAGCGCUGACAGCCAUGGAUCACCUUUUCCGGAGGAAGCGUCUCGGUCUGCUGAAGCCGCUGCUGAGCCUCUCUCUGGUCUUUGCGUCUUUUCUGAUGAUCCACAAGCUGAAGCUGGCGGAGAAGGACGGGCUGGGGGUUAAACACUCAAGGGACGCAGACUGGUGCGGCUCCGGUUGCUUCUCAUUCAAGAAGGGAGACGUGAAAAGUGCAGUGGGGAGCUCGGACGCCCCGGUGCUCCACAACGAGCUGGACGCGCAGCGGGUUUUAAACGGAACUCCUGCGUCCUGGGACGCACAGGUUCUCAACUGCAGCGAGGACGCAUCCGUGAAGAAGCAGGACUGGUUCCGGCGCCUGGACCCGAGAUUCCACCAGUUUGUGCUGCACAGACACUGCAGGUACUUCCCCAUGCUCAUCAACCACCCGGAGAAAUGCGCGGACGGAGACGUGCACCUCCUCAUGGUGGUCAAGUCCGUUAUAGAGCAGCACGACCGGCGGGAGGCCGUGCGUAAAACCUGGGGCAAGGAGCAAACCAUCGACGGGAAGAAAAUCAAAACUUUGUUUCUUUUGGGGAGUCCCACGACCGGCAAGGACACCAAGAACCUCCAGAAACUGAUCGAGUACGAGGACCGGAUCUACGGGGACAUCCUGCAGUGGGAUUUCAUGGACACCUUCUUCAACCUGACCCUGAAGGAGGUCAACUUCCUCAAAUGGUUCGGCAUCUACUGCUCCGGCGUCCAGUUCAUAUUCAAGGGGGAUGACGAUGUCUUCGUGAACACGCACAACCUGCUGGAGCUGAUCGGCUUCAGGGUGGAGGAGCGCAAAGAGGCCGACCUGUUCGUCGGGGACACCAUCUCCAAGGCGAUCCCCAUCCGGAACAGGCAGAGCAAGUACUACAUCCCCAAAGAGCUGUACGAUAAGCCGUACCCGCCUUAUGUGGGCGGCGGGGGGUUCCUGAUGUCCUCCGCGCUGGCCAGGAGGCUCUUCGUGGUCUCGGAGGCCCAGGAGUUGUACCCCAUCGAUGACGUGUUUUUGGGCAUGUGCCUGCAGAAGCUCCGCUUGGCGCCGCAGAUGCACCCGGGCUUCAGGACCUUCGGCAUCACCCGGCGCAGGGUGAGCCCCAUGAACAGCGAGCCUUGCUUUUACAAAAACCUCAUAGUGGUGCACAAGCUGAGCGCGGUGGAGCUGCUGAAGAUGUGGAGCGUGGUGCACACGGAGGACCUGGUGUGCGCGCAACGGACCUCCGUGUGACUGUCAGGUUAAAUCAACGCAAGCAUAUAAAAGGACCAAAGCUGAACUGAAUAUGUACUUUAUAUGUUGCAUCGUGUGGUCUUCACACAUGACGAUCCUUACACAUUUCAAUGAAUGGAAUUGGGCGGGUUGUCACCAGGCAAACAACUACAUCUAUAUAAAAUGAAUCCAGUGGUUGUGCAGGGUGGAUUUCCUCUCCACCACCCUAUGUCUUGCUACUGGGAUUUUUACAUGUUGGGAAACCACUACCACACAGUGUCCAAACAGUACAGGAAGGCCUCUAUAGGUUUCUGAUUCUCUGUGCCAUCUCGAAGUGGAGUCUCCUGGUUCCAGUGUCUUAAACCUGACCUCCAGUGUCCUCCCAGAGGCAUUGCCAUGAAAUAAAAGACCCGACUCAAGAGAAACACUUGUUUCAGUUUAUUGUGAUUUUUGUGACUUCAGGAUGUCCAAGAUGAACUGCUCGGACUCACAGCACGGUUCAAACCAGCUCAUUCAUAGCUGAGUGAUUGUCUUUAGAGGGUAUAUUUGAAAUUGUAAAAAAAAAAAUCUAAAUGAUCUGAAUUUAAGUUAAUAUAUUGUUUUAUUUCACCUGUUUUUUUUGGCAAGUGUUGAUUAACUUGUGUUUGAUUUUCAGAGACAGGCCAAAAGAAAACCCCAAAGAAACUGGUCUGUAAAACUGUGGAUUUCUGUAUGAUAGUGUAAAUAAAGCUGGAUCUCUCUGUCAAAUUUAUAAA